AAUUUCUGUUUAGGCACUAACCUGACUUAACCUGACAGUGGCACUUAUCUGGACAAGAAGUGAUAAGAGUUCCUUGGUACUCAAAAUUCUGUGUGUUACUUAGACUAUCUUCUGUCUAGCGAAACGCAAUUUGCCUGAUGUUUAAUCAGUGCUUGUGCAGUUGUCUUUGGCUGAUGGUAACUAGCUGUGUUGUAAAAUAAACCCCAAGGUAUGGCGACCUUGACUACCAAUGUGGAACUGGAAUGGAAUGAAACCACGAAUUUAACAUGGGCCCAAAAGGACACUGAUAGUAUCGCAAACAGGGACUGUGUACAGUCCAUGUAUGACACCCUUGUGCAGAAUAAAGAAGUUCGUGCGAUCCCUGCUGUCUCAGUCAGCUUCAACGAUGUCCAAACCCUUCCUAGUUUCCAGUAUGAUCCACCAACUACAUCAGAACUGAAUACUUUUCUAAACACUUUACUAGCAUCCCAACAUCAAUUGGCCAAAGGAAUAUGUUCCUCUUCGCCUUUUUCUGUGCUUUUAAAGCAGCGAAUGGUCGUAUUGAAGCGGAUAUUCUACGCCUUAGUGAAGCGGUAUCAUGAGGAUCGGCUCGCAUCCAGCCAAAAACAGAACGCUAAAAAUGCCUUAAUGGCUCCAUCGGGCCGAGAUGUUAUGUUAGGUUCACAUGCUCUACUCGAAGUGAGUGUGAAAACAUGCCUGAGUCUGGUGUUUUCCUUACUCCAGCAAAACUGGCAAGUGAGUGGAAUUCUCGGGAUUCCGCCGCUAUGCAAUUCAGUUCUGGAAACAGUUGGGGGACUGAUUAAAAAUUUGCCGCCGUUGUGUUUGUCCAACGACGCCCAAUUGACGAGUUUAGGCAUGACCAGUCUGGAUCAGGUGUGGGACUUUUUACGAAACGUUCUUCUUCAUGAGACAGCGGCGGAUGCUCAAGGGAAAUUGUUAUCCAGUGAAAUUCUGUUGGGUUUGGCUUUGCAGAGAGGCUCGUUGCGGUAUUUUCUCGGGUGGAUUGAUUUGGCCCUAGAAUUGUCCUGCAGGGAAACCAUCAAGAGCCCUCUGUUCUCUAAUGCCAUUCACCAAUUGCAAGAAAGAAAGCAGGAAUCGAUGGUCUGUUUGGAACAAUCGAAUGCUGAGACGAUGUCUAUGUACGAAAUUGCCCUCACUCUUUUAGAAACUUUAACUUUAAUGGCAGUUGAGUAUGGAGGCGCGUGUUCUGCGAUAGAAAGCCCCACGAGUAAUACCGAACUAGGAGUUUUCGAAAAAUCCGAUGUUUAUGUAUGGGGCAGCAAUUCAUCUCAUCAGCUAGCUGAAGGCCAGAGGGAGAAAUUACUUUUGCCUGUUAAGUCGAAAAUUUUCAACCAAGUGCAACGGAUCGAAGCUGGCCAAUAUUGUACGUUUGCUAUCCACUGGGACGGAUUGGUAAGCGCUUGCGGCAAAGGAAGCUACGGGCGACUAGGCUUGGGAGAAUCCUCCAAUCAAACACUGCCGAAGAGAAUACUUCUUGAUAGCGUCGUAAAAAGCCUGUCCAGUUCAAAAGGGUCCGAUGGACACACUCUGGCCUUAACUCAAGAAGGCCAAGUCUAUAGCUGGGGAGAUGGAGACUAUGGAAAACUUGGCCAUGGCAAUUGCACUACGCACAAACAACCCGAACGCAUUUUAGGCCCUUUUAUAGGGAGAUUUGUUAAGUACGUCAAUGCAGGCUAUCGGCACAGCGCUGCGGUUACUGAUGAUGGAUUUUUGUGGACUUGGGGCGAGGGAGACCAUGGUAGAUUAGGGCACGGCGACUAUGUUGCGCGGCAUGUUCCCACCUUGGUAGCAGGCUUAACAGAUGUAGGACAAGUGGCUUGUGGUAGUUCUCACACUUUAGUGGUCUCCGCUGAUGGAAAGACUGUCUGGUCCUUUGGCAGUGGCGAGAAUGGCAAAUUGGGGCAUGGAGAAAUUGCCAAAGUUUGCAAGCCAAAAGUCAUAGAGGCUCUGCAGGGCUUGAUAAUCCAAAAGGUCUGCGCCGCAACUUCCUUCUCAGUUGCCCUCACUACUAGUGGCCAGGUUUACACGUGGGGCAGUGGCCCCGUUUUGGGGGUGGGAACAGCAGAUUCCAUAUGGCUUCAACCUAUACUAGUGGAAGAUCUGGUGCCUUACAGAAUAAUUGAUAUUUCUGUGGGCGAUAACCAUUGUUUGGCCUUAACCGAAGACCACCAGGUAUUUGCCUGGGGAACGAAUACGAUGGGACAAUGCGGACAAGGACAUACAGCCAGUCCAAUAACUCGGCCCUUAAAAGUGUUGGGUUUGGACAGGGCGCGGGUGCGUCAAAUCAGCGCUGGCACAUCGCAUUCCAUCGCUUGGACGAUGCUGCCUUCGGAAAAGCAACAUAUCGCCGGACACAAGACCUUUUGCCUUGACUUGCAUGAAAACACUUUCAAGUAUAUCAAGGUGUUUCUCCAGAAAUACGCUGCGGACUUUUCGUAUGAAGACAGUCAGCCACCGCAACCAUUUCAGUCGCGCAAAGAGCAUCAGGAUUUCGUGUUGUGGACUUUGAAGUUACUUUGCACUCACUUCAAUUUGUGCAUCAAUAGCGAGCGCAAUGCUGGCGUUCUGGGCAGACAUGCGAAGGAUAUCAGACUGGCCCUUUUCAGGCUGGUGGACAUUGAAUCGCCCAGCGAAAUCUACAGUCUGGCCAGGGAAGUUCUAAAUAUCGGAGCUUCUCUGCUGUUGCCGCUUUUAAGUGAGCGCGUCGAGUUUCUUCAUCUGCACCUUUCCAGCGGCAGGCAACUGUCGCAGGGCCAACAAAUGCUCCUGAGCAUCAUUCUGGGAAGCUUAGAAGAUCCCGUGCAUGUGGCCUCAUUGCUUGGCUAUGCCGCUAAUACAGAAAAAUCAAAGCAGUUGGAUAGCAAAACGACCUCGACACUCAUGUAUACUCUACUGCAGGCUUUGACUCAAAACACGCUGAGUACUUUGCAGUCUGUUUCGCAAUUUCUCGGGUCGACCACCAAUCAACCCAAUCAAAAGUGGGAAAAUGCAGGCAAUGAGAAGGUGGCCCACAUUCAAAGACUUCUGUCGUCUUUGCAAAACCACAUGCUGGCUCACAUUACGCAGGCACUAGCAAAUCAAAGUGAUUACAAGGGACUGUCGCAGGAGGACUACGUGGUGGAUCAUCUUAUGAAAGUGUUCGACUUUGCCACGCAAGUGUUAGAGUCUGCUGUGGAAGUUUUGAGGGAAUACCCAGAUUCCCUAGAACUGUUCUACAACGUUCUUCAAGAGUCGGUUGCGGGAGCGAUGCUGUUCAAGCUACUAAGCGCGUUACUGUUGCUACCGCUGGGUUACAUAAAAGUCUUGUACACUCCUUUAAUAAACGUCUUGGAUGCGUUAGAUGCUUUCAAUCAACUCUUGCCCAGAGAAUUGCUGCUGGAUAACGACAAGGAUGGGUCACGCUCGGAAACACCAACACUCACUCAACUGGCCGAACAGUCUUGGAUAUGGAUAGUGGACCUGCAGAAGACAUGCUCCAUUUUAAUUGGCAGAUGUUUAGGUGGAAUGCUAUUAGGACAGCCAGUAAGCAAAGAAGAGCUGAGCUGUCGAAAAUGGCUAAUCAGUGAGCUGUUUUCCGCUGGAAUCGAAAACGAACAAGUGCCAAUUGAGUAUUUAUCCGAACUGGCCUAUAUUAGCGGAUGCGCAAACACUCUGGCACUAAGCCUGGAAACUUUUCCGGAAAAUGUACAAAUACUUUGCCGAGUGGCCUUUGGGGUUCAAAAUCAAUAUGACGAAGCUUGCGCCACAGUGGACGAACCCGAUGAUCUUUUCGAUAACACUGCCAAGAACUACGAAAUGGACCAUUUAGAAGUGAACCCCGAUGAACGGGUGUUAUUUGACCGGAUUAUGCGUACGUUUUUCUACGCGGUCAUGAAAGUAACUGGGUUUCUGGAAAGUGGUAGAAGCACUGUCUUUAGCAGCAAAGUGUUUGAGUAUGCGGUUACUUUGCGCCAAAAGCUGUUUACUGCCAUGUGCAACGACAAGAAUCGAAGAGAUCAGAAGAACAAAGACAUCAAGGAAUCAGCGGACGUGGUCCCCGAUGUAAAAACCGAGUACGACCUGAGGGAAAUGAACUUUGAAAAAUUUUGCUACAAAGUGCUGCAAAGAAACUUGCUGUUGCUAAUAUUUAUUAAAGAUUCAAAAAUGCGCCUCACUCCAGCUAAACUGGACACAGAGGACGAAGAGCCGGUGAAAGCUUAUGUAGAAUUUUAUAAAUCCUCCACAGAUCCAGCAAUGUGCAACUUAAGCCGCAUGUGUAAGCUCUGUCUGGACUUUGUCAUUACAGGCGAUCACGAUACGAGCGGUUACGACACAGGUGACAACGGAUGGUGUAACGAUCCUGCCGUCGUGUACAAUUCCUUAAUUAAUCACAAAGAGCGGGCUCAUAGUCGGAUGGAGGGUCUCGAGCAGCUCUUAUUUUACCUGAUUUCCCGAGAACCUACGCUCACUACACUGAAUUGCAUCCAGCAACAAAUACUGGAAGGUUGUUUCGGGCUCUACAACAUUGAUAAACUAGAUGCGUCCACUCCAUUCCACCACUAUUUAAAGGGGAUUGAAAGCUCGCCAUUUGAAUUGCAGGAUAAAAUUGCAGGAGUUAUCCAGUCCAUCUAUCAGUUCCUAACCGCGUCUUUCAUGAAGCAGAUGACUGAGAACUCUGAGAACAAGCAGCUGCUGCUGGUGACGAUUUUCGCGUUAAGCACCAGAUACCAAGCCAAUGAUCUGAGCCUGGUCAUUAACAAUGAUGUAAUGCAGCAUUUGAUGCAAAUGGUUGACAUGAGCAUCGUGGGAAUUUACGCAUGUACAAAAACCGAGGUUUUGAGCGUUGCUUCGCUGAGACUAAUACACAUUUUGGCAAUGUCUUCUUGCAUUCACUCCAAGCCUCUAGAAGUGGCACCUUUGGCGAUUAUAGUUAAUGUUUUAUAUGAGCAAUUUCUGAAAACUAUCGAGAUAUUCAAGGAGUGUUGCCAGAGCUUAGGGACUGGCGCGUUUCAAUCGGGAAACGAUCGCCAGAUGGGUGAUUUCCUCCUGUUUUUACGAACAAUCGCCUCCAGCAUCAGCAUUCAGCGGCUGCUUGGCACGGAAAGCUGGAUAAGCGCCCUAUUGACCGUGUUGGACACCACCCAACUACAUCUGAGUUACAAUUCGCAGUUGAAAGUUCUAAAACCGAAACUGCUCAUUUUGCAGAUACUGCAAACCGUCUUACCCGGUCUAAAGCCUUCGCAUAUCCCCGAGGCGUUCCGGAAGGAUUUAAUCACGAAUCUUAUGGCGCAAUUGGGCGAAAUUAUGUGGGCAAAGUUACCGCGCAAUACUGAGGACGCCAACAUCGAGUUUAAUAGACUGUUUCAGUCGGAUGAUCUAUUGUCUGCUUACGACUUCAGGGAAAAUGAAGGCAAUAUCCCUGUACAUGAUAUGGGUUUCGAUGUCGAUAAAUGCUUCAAGUGCACCAUUGAAGGCAGUUUGACUUUGGUACAUGGCGCCGGAGGCCGGGGGUAUGGCUUGGGGAUGCAAGCAAUUCGAUCGGGAUGUUAUCAAUGGAAAAUCCUUAUAGUAAAGGAAAAUAGAGGAAACGAAGGCACUUGCAUUGGAGUGUCUAAAUUUCCAGUCGGCGAUUACAGUCAUCGUUCCACCAGCGACAUGUGGCUUUAUAGGGGAUAUAGCGGAAGCUUGUAUCAUAAUGGCGAGUCGGAUCAAUGUUUUCAGAGUUUCACUCAGGGCGACUAUAUAACGGUCGUCUUGGAUAUGGAUGCGAGAACGCUAAGCUUUGGCAAAAACGGAGAAGAGCCAAGAGUGGCCUUUGAGAACGUUGAAGCUUCCGAACUCUACCCUUGCGUGAUGUUCUAUAGUUCAAAUCCCGGGGAAAAGGUGAAAAUCACCGAUAUGAAAGUGCAUGGCACCCAAAGAGACGUGCUGCCAGGAGAACCCAACAUGGCCCCACUUCACGCGGUCCUAACCGAAUCUUAUAUCGGCUUGCUACGGAAACUGCACAAUUCGGACACUUGGACCACUCAGGUCAACAUGGACUUAACCGAGAGAUUCGACAAAAUCGAAGAACUGCUCCCCAAUAUGGAAGCUCGCAAACUAGACGAAGCAGCUUGCAAUCUAUUCGAAGAAACCGAGGUGGAGAUCAAUUUGGAGGAAUUGUGCAAUACAGUGUGGCCGGCGCUUUGCGUGAUCGGUGGCGUUGAUCGAGGGCUAAAAAUGGGAGCCUUCUGCAAGCAUAAAGUAACUGGCAAACGGGCCAUUGCUCUGGGGGUUUUGAAAAAAGGAAUCACCACAGUAAAUGUUCAAUGGGAGCAAGAUCAGGGAAUUUCGGAUGUGGCCAUAUCGAAUUUGGAUUUCAUUGAGUCCGAGCCAUUUAGCACCAACAAAUACAACGAACUGACAACAGCAAUGUUGCUUCAACUAGUACGGCUGUCUGGAAUCACCAACGAAAUAUCGUUUCCUCUUUUUGACUUCAACGAGGAAGAUGUGUUGAUGGCAAACGCCGACAGCAGCAGUCAAACGGGCGAACCCGACGAAAUGCUGUUCUCCAACUCCGAUUUGCAAAUUGGGCCCCAAAGGCAGGAUAUUCCCCAAACUGUCGACAGUUUAACUGAUAAAAUUGUGUCCAACAUUUUGGAAGAAGUGACGAAAAUGACGAGUUUGCCAAACGCAACAUGCAGCAGAGGAGCGCGAAAUGGGGACGAGCUUAACAGCGCGACGGCGGACGAUCCGCAGGCCGUGAGACGCCAGCAAAGGUUCACUGCAAUGGAGGAAAAGUUUGUGAAAUUGGCUUUUCUGCAAUUUUCCUCUCUAAAGACAGUCGCUGCCUUCAUAAUGACGACUCAAUUCACGAAUAUGCUCCUGAGAAGCGAUCACAGAUCUGCAGAAGACACAUGCAGCAUUAAGGAUAUAAUGUACAGCAUCGUAGACAAAAGCGUCGAUCAGUGCAAGCUGAAAAACAUCAUAACGAUAGCAGACGCCGAACGCGCCUUAUCGAUUAUGCACAUGAGUUUCACGAAAAAUAAAAGCAAGUGUGAUGCUGGAAAUUUGGCGCUGGGCCAGGGUGAGAUGGAAGUCGAAACCGAGGACUCAUCGCAUGCGAAUGAGCCCUCUUGUAGUAGCAGCUCGCAAGCAACUAGAGGGCGUAGCAGCGCUUCUCUAAAAACGCGCCGAAGAGUCUCAAUUGGGCACAGCCCUAGGACUGCGUCCUUAGGAUCAACCCCCACCACCGAUCCUAGCAGACACAUCUUUACAACGAGCGAAUCGCAGGACAGUGUUUGGCGCAUUGGGCGGCGCUCUUCCUCUCCCCCACCGCCCCACAUAGCUCUUCCUCUGCUGGACAUGGGUUUUCCGUUAAAGCACGUUUUGAAAGCUCUUUACGAAACGAGAACGUCUGGAGAAAUUAACAGUCGCUCAAUCAAUAUGUUAGCAACAUGGAUGUGUGAACAUCCUUAUAGCGAAGCAUCCGAUGACGAAGAACAUUCGGUGAGGGAACUGUGGGUUAGAAGCGGUGACCUGGUGAACCGGCAAAAAUAUUUAAUUGAACGAGUUCAAGAUGAGGAUUUGCGGAGACCGCGAAAUCGGGCAAAUGCAGAAAUUGGGAAUUUUGCCGCCCGCGUUAGUAGGGAUCUGCAAGAUAGAGUGCGAGAAAGGCAACAGGUUAGGGAGAGGCAGCAUGUGCGAGGAGAAGCGCACCCCUUGCUAAGAAAUCUGGGCUCGCCGGGCAACAAUAUAGAAGACCUGACGUUUCCUCAAGAAAAUACCGGAAUAGACAGUUUGGGUGAUCAAGACCCCAAUUCCGCAUAUUUCGUGGAUGUGUCCAAUCAAUGUGGGAUCUGUCCGUACUGUGACCAACUGUCGGCGUUUUUGGAUGCACAUUUGAUGUCCAACCAUCCAGGAUGCGGCGCGUUAUGGGGAAGAGGCAUUUGCGGCUACGUUUUCAACCAGGAAGUCGACAUAGCCCGUGAAUUGACGAGCCAGUUCAGCCAAAAAUCUGUGCGCAGAUUUUACGUGAUUUGUCACGAGUGCAGGAAGAAGUAUUUAGCCAAGAACAAAUCGCAAAACUUGCUGGUUUCUCAGUGCCCAGACAUUGUUUUGGACCAUGAUGAUAACGUUGAAGCCGACAUGCAAAAUCUGAAAUUCGCCCUGCCACAAUGCGACGAUAUCGAGCAAAUCAAGAAAUUCCUGCGAAUGUCGGAAGAUUCGUUUCUGGUGAAAACCAUUGAUUUUCCGGAAUCGGACUCCUUGGGCGCCAGUGCUGUGCCAAAAGCGCCGAGAGACUUCGACUCGCCCGAGGAAACAAAGGCGAAAACCAUCGGUUCACAAGCUGCCCUUUUAGGGUCGCCUUUGCAGCGAAUGUUGGGCUGUAGAGACCUCAUUUCAUCGAUAAAAAUUCUGCUGUCCAGGCAAAUCAUUCUCAAUGUUCUGUCGUUCCUAUCGAUGUCCACUAACUACGCUCAACUAAUAUCGAGCCUUGAGCUGAUCGGCCUGAGCGAUAUAUCAAAAGUGGUGCGUCUAAUGACUUUAACCGCGAUGAAGCGGGUGGAAGUCAGUCAGCUUCAAAAGUCCGCGGAGUUUCUCAACUUUCGCCUUCCGGAAGAUUUCUAUCAGCUUACCACUCAACUGCCGAGCGCCGCCAAUUCAUGCUUGAAGCAUUUGAGUGUCAGCAUAGCGGCGCUCGCUCAAAAGGACGUGAACGCAUCGGAUUUGGUAGUGAAUAUGUGCACGAAAGAUCUGAUUGUUGCAGCUUUUGGGGUGGCGAUGCCAAAAACCGGUUUCGCCGUUACCCAACAACUGGUGAACAUUUUGUCCACGCAUGGUGGCUGUUCGUUGAUGGAUUUACAUAAGGAAGAAGGCUGUUUGGAGAGGGCAAGUGCUGCGCCUUUGGCGCUGCCCAACGCCCUGUCGGCGUACGUUUUAUCCAACAGUGAUAGGCUGAGUCCGCGCGAACGAGAAUGGGCCGCUCAACAGCUAUUCAAAUGUAUCGCGACCAAGAUACAAAUCAUGUCUGGAUCCGGCUUGGAUGAGCUCAAUUUCGCCGAUCUUUCCAGAACUAUGCCGGAACGGGAUGUUGCUCUUCUUGAAGGCCACGAAAAUCGGGUGUGCACUUUGGCCUGGCACAGCGACAGCAAUACCUUAGCAUCCGCUGGUUAUGAUGGUACGGUUAGAUUGUGGAGCAUCAGUUCAGGGAAGGAACCAGUUUUGAAUUCAACGCUGGUUUUCCGUACCAGCGCUGAUUCAUUUGGAAGUGAUAUACACGAAAAGCUUAUAGGUCAUUUAUGUUGGUCGGCAACGGGCAACUACAUAGCUGGCGCAUUAGAUAGCGUAAUCAAUAUCUGGUUGAUAAAGAAAUCGAAACAGUUUGACGGCUGCGACUGGUUCAUCGAGCACCAGAAGGAAUUUAUCACGUCCAUGUGCUGGCCAAAGGCGAAGCCGGAAAAUGAGAGCGAUAACGAAUAUUUGUUACUGGGAAAAAUCGAUGGCACAGUUUCGCUUAUAACCAUUGAAUCAAAGGGAUCGUUGCUUGUUGAAACGCUGAAAAACUUCUCCCUGUCGCAUGCAGUCGUUCAUUUGGAUUGGGCGCGAGCAAAUUGCCCAUUUGCCGUUGGUUAUUUGGAUGGCACUUUGCGGUUGGGUGGCGUGCGUUGGCAGGCCGACAUCACAACGGUUCAAGCUCAUGAUAACACGAUUUCAUCCUUGGAGUGGUGUCCCAGAGGUAUUUUGCUGGCAACAAUUGCCAUGGACAGAACGUGCAAAGUUUGGAAACUGACCGGGCGACAAUUGGUUAUUCAAAACACCAUUAUUUUAAGCCACGAACCGACGAGUAUUACGUGGUCGCCUUUAGUGGACGCGUCUUCCGGCUUAUUGUUGGUGGUGGGCACCAGUUAUGGGACCGUUAACGCAUGGAGAAUUCCCAAUGGCGAAGAUGGGAAUUGUGAUGAGCCAACUCUCCUGUUUUCCUCUCAGGGACAUUCUCACAAUGCUGUUACCAGCCUUGCGGUGGAUCGGGAUGGCUUGCUACUGGCCAGCGGCUGUUUAAAAAGCCCAAGCGGGGUUGUAAACAUUUGGUCCCUAUUCAAUGGAACCCUACUCUAUACGACCACUGGAACAGGCGGGGUGAACAGAAAUGGGCUGAAGUGGCUGAGCAGCACUUCUAGCCUAGCCAUAGCGUUUUCGCGCUCUAAAACCAUCCAAAUGCUUCGCUACGGCCGGGAAGAGUUAACGGACAACUUGCCAUUGGCCGUUGUACGGUGUGCUUUAAUGAAAAAGGGGGUUCGAGGUAUUAAGAACUCGCCAUUUUUCAAGUACCUUGUCUCCGUGUUGCCUUCGAUCCUUCUUACUCAGCAAGGCGCUGAAAAGCUUCAGGUCUCCACCGGCUUCCACUUAACGCACAGCGUUUACUUGAAAAGUCUGGCCUCGUUAGCAAUAAUUCUGGACUUGGACAAAGUGAUUUGUUAUGAAUUGGUAGCCUUUAAUGAUGCGAGGAGAUCAAACAUUGUUCCGAACUUUCAAUGGUUGCACACAUUUAGUCAAGCAGCUGAAAUAGCUGAUCGUUUGAUAAAACGGCGACAUUUAUCCGACCAAGAAAUUUCCUCAGGCCAAUUGUUAGACGGGGAUGAAGCGGCGUGUUCCACGGAAGUUCAGCAAGUACACUGGACAAUUAAGCAAGACGAGCAAAUCAUGCAGUGGGUGGCUCAAAGACCCAAAGAUUGGGAAAUCGGCGGGAAAUGUGUGGCCUACCUAUGGGGCUCGGAUAGACACGGACAAUUAGCCGAGCUGGAGUUCAGUUCACUAAUACCCAUACCUGUUGAGUCGUUUUCGGUGGCAAGGAAAAUAAUCUGCGGGCAAAACUGCACGUUUGUGAUACUGGCACAUGGCACCGUGAUGGCCUGCGGCGAAGGAAGUUACGGCCGAUUAGGACAGGGGAACUCGGAGGAUCUGCAUUCACUAAGUGUUAUUUCAAGUCUGCAAGGCUUUGUAAUCACCGAUUUGGCCACAUCGGUCGGUUCAGACGGCCACAGUCUGGCACUAGCUGAAAGUGGCGAGGUCUUUUCUUGGGGGGACGGUGAUUACGGCAAAUUGGGACAUGGAAAUAGUGAUCGUCAGCGCAGACCCAGGCAAAUAGAAGCUCUACAAAACCUUGAAGUUGUUCAGGUGGCAUGCGGAUUCAAACAUAGCGCAGUGGUAACCAGCGAUGGGAAACUGUAUACUUUCGGUAACGGCGACUUUGGUCGUCUAGGAUUAGGGUCAACCACUCACAAGAAACUUCCUGAACGCGUCAUUGCUUUAGAAGGUCAUAGAAUCGGACAAGUAGCCUGCGGCCUUAAUCACACGGCCUGCAUAUCAGCGGACGGUAUGAAUGUUUGGACCUUUGGCGAGGGCGACUACGGAAAAUUGGGAUUAGGACACACAACGACCAAAUCAAUCCCGCAACGAGUAACAACAAUGUGCGGCAUGGGAGUGAAAAAAGUGGGCUGCGGCACGAAUGUAACAGUGUUCCUCACGAAAACUGGAAAAUUAUUUAUUUGCGGCAUUGACCGGGUGCCAUGGCAGGGCAUGACCAAAGACCGCCCUUUUGUACCGCGCCAGCUGAACUCUUUGACUGAAUAUUUCAUAGAGGAUUUUGCAAUUGGAACGGAACACAUGCUUAUACUGAGCAAAUGCGGAAAGGUGUUCGGAUGGGGGAUGAACACAGAGGGCCAAUGCGGCCAUCCACACGAUUCCAUGAUACGCGAGCCUGAAAUUAUCAAAGAUCUUCUCAAUAAGAACAUCAAGCAAAUUUCCACAGGUAGAACACACAGUGCCGCUUACACUGCACCUCCACUACCACAACGAGUGCCUGGAGAGGUUCAGCUCCUAACAUUCGGCCUGCCCAAAGAAAUUCCGGCGCAAUUUGACCAUCUAAAGGCCGUAUCUAUCAAGGCUAUUCAAAACAGACUGAAAUUCCUGCACAAUUUCUCCGAUAAACUGUACUCCUGUUGGACAAUGAUGCCGUUGAGUGCACAACAAGCCGAAUUCAAUGUGCCGCCACUGGAGGGGCUGAUUUCGCCCAAAUUGCGCCGACUACUCGCUCCCAAAGUGUACACAUUGCCUUUUGUGCGCUGUAUCGGGAAAACAAUGGUACAGGGUAAAAAUUAUGGCCCUCCAAUUGUAGUGAGAAGGAUGUCCCAAGAAGGUCGAAAGCCCAAGCCAAUAUUCAUACAAAUCGCUAAACAAGUCGUAAACAACAGACCGCAGGAAUUCCGACUGCCAGCAAGGGCUUGGAAAGUUAAACUGGUUGGAGAAGGCGCGGACGAUGCUGGAGGCGUUUUUGACGACACGAUGACCGAAAUGUGCCAAGAAAUAACCAGCACUGUUUCACUGCUGGUGCCCACCCCUAACGCCUUGAACGAGGAGGGAUUCAACAGGGACAAAUACCUAUUAAACCCCGAUUUCUCAUCGGCGCAACAUUUGUCUUGGUUUAAAUUUAUAGGAAUCCUAUUCGCAGUGGCUAUUCGAACCAGAAAGCCGCUUGCCAUUCCUUUAGCGCCGCUCAUCUGGAAAUUGCUGGUUGGCGAGCCAGUCUGCGUAGAGGACUUGAAAGAUACCGAUGCCAUGUAUGUUCAAACGUUGCGCAGCAUUAGGGAUAUUGAUAAGUCGGGGAUCACAUCCGAACGUUUCCACGAGGCGAUUCCUCAGGAGACUUUCGAAGGAUACAGCUGCACUGGAAAGCUGGUUCCAGUCACGCACGGAGGCAAGAACUUACCGCUUACUUUCGAGAACCGUGCUCAAUAUUAUGAGCAAGUGAUUAGGUUUAGGUUGCAAGAGUUUGACUUGCAGGUGGCUGCCAUUAGGGAGGGAAUGUCGGGUAUUAUUCCGGUGCCGCUUCUCUCUUUGAUGACCGCUGAACACUUAGAGGAGCUGAUAUGCGGGAUGCCCCAUAUUUCAAUCAGUGACUUGAAAAAAAUAGUUAGAUAUAGAGAACUAGACGAAAAUAGUCAACUGGUAAAAUGGCUGUGGAAUAUUUUGGAGAGUUUUACCGACAACGAAAGAGUCCUGUUCAUGAGAUUCGUUUCGGGUAGAUCACGCUUACCGGCCAACUUGGCCGAUUUAUCACAAAGGUUUCAGGUGAUGAAAGUGGACAAGGCCCUUAACGGUCUUCCGACUGCACAAACUUGCUUCUUCCAAUUGAGACUGCCGCCCUAUUCCGGGCAAAAAAUCAUGGCUGAAAAGCUGCGAUAUUCCAUCAACAAUUGCCGAUCGAUUGAUAUGGAUAAUUACAUGUUGGCCAGGAACACUGAACAAGGAAACGUGUCAGAGGACGACUGGUCAUAUGGAAGCUAAGAUCAGUACUUGUGGGUUCACAGGGCUGUUUGCUAUAGUUUUCUUUUAAAUUUCAGAUGUUUUACAUUUGAUUAUUAUGUUAAUAUAUCAUUGGGGAAAGCAGCGGGACUUUGAUGGAACAUAUUGUGAUGUUGACUUGAAUAUUGUGAAGAAAUAAUCUUUGUUGUUGCUGUGUAUUAUUAAAGUAAUUAUGGAAUAUCUGUGCACCUGUGUAACCCAAUAAGUUCUAAAAUAGGUAGGGAGUUUAGGUAAACUGCUUGUUAGACAACGUGGUCGCGCAUCAUCCAAGGUUGAUUAAUUAUGUAUACUAUUAGCGUAGAGUUAUCGCGAACUAGACCAGUUGAGUGAUAAAUGCGUUGUAAAAGCCGCGUGCAUUUAGACAACAUUUAGGGUUAACGGUUACAAUCUAAUCCUUAUCAAAUAUUGGCAAAUGAUUGUUCACACAGCCAUUAUAAUUUUCCCCUUAUCUAGCUCUCAUUAGUAAGAUAUGAUUUAUCAGGUUGAACGAAGGCGUAUUUUUAGAUACAAGCGCAUUUUCGGGUUAUCAAUUUCAAUCAAAACUAUGUGCCGCUGUUAUUCAUAAAUUUGCUACUGGUUUCGGAAACAUGACGACUAGAACUUAUUUAGACAGACCGAGUCUUUGGGUUGUCGUCAUAACGGCACUCCUAAUUGUGGCAAUAGUCACCGCGGGCGUAUUAUCGAAAAUUUUCCUGGGCGAAUUCACUGCCAGAAUAGUGCUGGUCAGUUUGAUAAUCCUGCUCAGUAUUCUGGGCAUAUCGGCGCUCACAUUUUUGGAGCUUCGCAGAAAAGCGGCGCAAACCACAAACAGGCAAACUAUCGACAAAAAGGGCUACUACUACCAAAACAUCAAGCCCAGUGCUCCGGCUGAGAGCACGUUGGACUAUAGCAAUAGAAGCACUGUGCCUGCCUCGUGAAUGUCCAUCGGUAGAGAAUAUCGUUUUUUUGUUAUGUUGACUGAUUUUUUACUUGUUCACAAUAAAUGAGGGUGGUGGAAGGAA